UCUCUCACUCUCUAAACUGUUAGUGGCAGUCCGUGGCAGGCUUUCACACAGCGCCAGACGUGAGCGCGCGGAGGUCGGAGCUCUGCUUCUCUCACUCUUACCCCCCCGCCGCCUCUCUCUCUCUCUCUCUCACACACACACACACACACCUCCCGGCGGCGGAGCCCCCUGAGUUCAGGUCCCAGCAAUGAGACAUCUGGCUCGAACUUCUGGGCUUUUCUGACGUUGCCAUUUACUUGGACGAGUUGGGCUGCUAGUAAAUGAGGCUUUCUGUUCAGCACUAACAGCAGGCGAGCGCGCGCCAGCCAGGGCGAGGAACGAGGAGACUGGGCUCGCGAAGAACUCAACUUUGUUGGAUUUGCUCCGUCUGGAUGAACUGAAGCAGUGAGUGAGUGAACGGAGCCCGGUGGACUAACUUAAUCUGUCUGAGCUCCACACAGCUGAGAGCGGUUGAACGAUUUAUGGUGUAAUUUGUGUUACCUGCGGAAAGGAUUACUGACAACUCGGGAGACUUUAGGUGGACAGUGGACCAGGCACACGUGUGUUGUGUGUGUGUGAGUGUGUGUGGCUUUACGCAGCGUGUGUGUGAGAGCGCGUGAGAGUGGGUGUUAGCACAAUGCAUGGGUGUGUAGAGGAUGUGUGAGUGUGGUUGCCGUGGUGAGGACCCUGGGCCCCGCCCCCAGGCCGGGAUGAUCGCGCUCUGCCUCCUCCUGUACCUCUCCUCCAUCAUCCCUCCGUUCGUACUCAGUGCCCACCUGCCCUCAGCACAGCCCACAGACUGGCCAUCGAGUGAGGCGGAGGCAGAGGCAGAAGUGGAGGCGGAGGUGUUUUUGGAGGACUAUGUUGCAGGUGUGGGGGACACUCUGGAUCUCUCCUGCACGCCACAUGACUUCCUGAUGCCCAUCGUCUGGCAGAAGGAUGGCGGAACUGUGUUGCCUAGCAACCGUACACGACUGGGCCAGAAGAUGCUGCGCAUCAUCAACGUGUCAUACGAGGACUCGGGCGUCUACUCCUGCAGACACGCUCACAGCAACACACUGCUUAGCAACUACACUGUCAGAAUCACCGAUUCUCUCUCAUCUGGUGACGAUGAAGACUACGAUGAAGAGCCAGAUGAUGCAGGUAAUGGAAAUGAAGCACCAUACUGGACGCAUCCUCAGCGGAUGGAGAAGAAGCUGUUGGCUGUUCCUGCGGCCAACACAGUGAAGUUCCGCUGCGCUGCUGCAGGCAACCCCAUGCCCACCAUCCACUGGCUGAAGAACGGCAAAGAGUUUAAGGGUGAACAGAGGAUGGGUGGCAUUAAGCUGAGGCAUCAGCAGUGGAGUUUGGUAAUGGAGAGUGCUGUUCCAUCAGACAGAGGGAACUACACUUGUGUAGUGCAGAACAAAUACGGGACCAUCACACAAACUUACCAGCUCGAUGUAUUAGAGCGCUCACCACACCGGCCCAUCCUACAGGCGGGUCUGCCUGCCAAUCAGACGGUGGUGGUGGGCAGUGAUGUGGAGUUUUACUGUAAGGUGUACAGUGAUGCCCAGCCUCACAUACAGUGGCUGAAACACAUUGAGGUGAACGGCAGCCGCUUCGGCCCCAACGGCACCCCCUACGUCACUGUUCUCAAGAGUCUGAACAGUACGAGUAAGGAGUUUCUUGUUACCCUCACUCUGUCCAAUGUGACAGAGGAGGAUGCAGGACAGUACUCUUGCACAGGCUCCAACUUUUUAGGCAAGUCUGAAAUCUCUUUCUGGCUCACAGUGCGAGUGCGCCAAACAGCCGUGGAGUUGGAUAAGGAGGACGACUACGCCGAUUUCCUGAUCUACGGCACGGGCUGCGUGCUCUUCAUCCUCACUGUCAUCAUCAUCAUCCUCUGCCGCAUGCGCAUGAACACGCAGAAGACCCUGCCCACUCCUCCUGUGCAAAAGCUCUCCAAAUUUCCCCUCAAGAGACAGGUAACAGUGUCCUUGGAGUCUAACUCCUCCAUGAACUCCAACACUCCACUGGUCAGGAUCGCCCGCCUAUCGUCCAGCGAUGGACCCAUGCUGCCCAACGUCUCUGAACUGGAGCUGCCCUCUGACCCCAAGUGGGAGUUUCCUCGCUCAAAACUAACGCUGGGGAAGGCUCUUGGGGAAGGCUGCUUUGGGCAGGUGGUGAUGGCUGAAGCCAUUGGGAUCGAUAAAGAGAAACCCAACAAGCCUCUCACGGUCGCCGUAAAGAUGCUCAAAGAUGAUGGCACAGAUAAGGACCUGUCUGAUCUGGUGUCAGAGAUGGAGAUGAUGAAGAUGAUUGGUAAACACAAAAACAUCAUCAACCUGCUUGGAGCGUGCACACAAGAUGGUCCUCUCUAUGUGCUGGUUGAGUAUGCCUCUAAAGGGAACUUGAGGGAGUAUCUGCGUGCUCGGAGGCCUCCUGGUAUGGACUACUCCUUCGACACCUGUAAGAUUCCCAACGAGACACUCACAUUCAAAGACCUGGUGUCAUGUGCUUAUCAGGUGGCCAGAGGCAUGGAGUACCUGGCCUCUCAGAAGUGUAUCCAUAGGGACCUGGCAGCCAGGAAUGUGUUGGUGACGGAAGAUAACGUCAUGAAAAUUGCAGACUUUGGUCUGGCCAGGGAUGUGCAUAACAUAGACUACUACAAGAAGACCACCAAUGGUCGUUUGCCCGUUAAAUGGAUGGCACCGGAGGCGCUGUUUGACCGGGUCUACACGCACCAGAGCGAUGUCUGGUCUUACGGGGUGUUGCUAUGGGAGAUCUUCACACUGGGCGGCUCGCCGUAUCCUGGCAUCCCUGUGGAGGAGCUCUUCAAGCUGCUGAAGGAAGGCCAUCGAAUGGACAAGCCCGCCAACUGCACUCACGAACUGUAUAUGAUCAUGCGUGAGUGCUGGCAUGCUGUUCCCUCUCAGAGACCCACGUUCAGACAGCUGGUGGAAGAUCACGACAGAGUGCUGUCCAUGACAUCGACUGAUGAGUAUUUGGAUCUCUCUGUGCCGUUUGAGCAGUACUCUCCCACCUGUCCAGACUCCAACAGCACCUGCUCGUCCGGUGACGACUCUGUGUUUGCUCAUGACCCCCUGCCUGAUGAACCUUGCCUACCUAAACACCACCACAGCAAUGGCGUCAUACGGACAUAGACGGCCUUAACAUCACCACAGCAACGGCAUCGUAUACACAUCAGAUCCCUAAACGUUCAACACAGUUAAGAGGGCUCAGGGGUCAUAGAGACCCUGCUGUAGGAAAACCCCCUAUAGCCCUCCAUAUAGCUGCGUGGACCAGCUUGAGUGUCAUUAUACUGCACAGAGCACUCCAGCCCUCUAGCCCCACACACUGAGGCUGGAGGGUGGGAAAGGCUGUGUGUAGAGUCUGAACUGAGUGGACACAAAGGACGGACAUUAGUCCUCUCCCUCUUGCUCCUGCUCCUCUUCUGCUUCCAAACCGACAUUCUGCUUUUUCAAAAGAGAAUUCCUAUUUUUCUACUCGGCCAGUUUAUUUUUCCUUUCCUCUCGGCAUUUUGAAGGGUGAAACCAUUCCGUGCCUACUGAACUAGUGCAGAAACAGCUGGACAGGGCAAAGAAGAAAAGUGGAGAAACGUGUCACAGCGCAGCAACACUUUGGAGUGACACACAGAGUGGCAUUCCAUACAGGACAAUAUGGGAAGUUGUGGGAAAAGCUUUUUUUUUUUUCAUUUACCGCAAUAUCUGAUUUCAAAUCAUUGCUUUCAAACACAAGGCCAGUUUCAUGUUUUUUUCUACUCUGUAACCUUUUUCACAGUGAACUUUGAAGAAAAGAGCCCCACAUGUGAGAUUUGAUUUGAGCGAAUAUAAUUGUGUGCUUUGUAUGUAUCUAAAUUUUCUAUUGUAAAUAUAUAGAUAUAAAUAUGUAUCAUAUUGCAAUCAGCAGCAGUGUAAGAGAAAGAAAUUGAUUUUUAAAGCGAGUUUUAAGAAAACCAUGUAUUGCAAAUGAGCAUACACUGUUGAGGUCAUGUAAACAUUUAAUCUUAAAAAGCAAAACAAAGGUUUUAUUUGAAUUAACAUGUAUAUUUGUAAAGCUAUUUAUAGACUUAACAUAAGGAUUUUAAGGUCUAAAAUUAUAGUCUAGGGUUUUUGGUACUGUAAACAAAGGGUUUUGUUUUUUUUGUUUUCUUUUUUUCAGAUUUUAAUUUUUAUAAGUUAUUUACCACAGAGGUGCAACAUUUUCUCAGCCAGUGGUUUUUGUUAUUUUCAUCAUCUUUUCUUCCUCUUCUUUUUGUUGUUCCAUCUUUUUGUUUACAGUGACAGGAAUGUACACAAACACUAUUGGCAAUAUAAGUAUCAGUGUAACACAAUGAAUCAGAAGUCAAAUUCUGAGACACGAACAAAGGAAGCCAAAUGUUUUAUGUUGUUUUGACUGUGAUUUCAGUUUUGAAUUGCGCCACAUGAUGACCACACAUGACUUUCUCCAGAGAAGAAAUGCGCAGAAUUCUAGAGGGUCAAGCACACAAUACACAAUGCAGCACUGAGUCAUGAAUUUCUCAGCAUUUAUCAUUUGAUACAAGCUCUAAAAAAGUCAUCAUAUAACUACAUCAACAUUAGAGUUUCUCUUCAAAGCUGUAUUAGGGGAAAAUAAAUAUAUCACAGCAGUGACAGUCUGACAGUCUUCUCUGAGGAUGAACACUGUGGUCCUCUAUGUUGCUCUAUGAUAUGAAGGAAUGCUUUGUGGUUAAAACCCAAAAGCAUAAACUAAGACAGUAGUAACUAUAUGGUCAAACCGUUUUAUAAAAGUGUGGUUUUUUUUUUUUGUUUUGUUUUUUUUUGUUCAUCUAUGCUAAGCGGAAAUGUAAUGUCGAACCGAGGUAAUCUUCUGUCGCUACAUUUGUAAAAGUGCCAAACUCUUCAUCUUCCUUUCUGUUCUGAGUAUGUAAAAUGAGCACAGAUCCUUUCAUUGCUGUUCGAUCUGAGAGUGCGUUGAUGUUACUCGAGUGUCUCUGACCAUGUAAAUUUAAGCAAAGCAUUCUGAGAUGUCUUGAUUGGGUCUCAGGGUGUAUUUAGACAAUUGCGCUCCGAACAGAUAACCGGCAAUAAUCUAUAAAGGGACGAAGGAAGAGACAGCAUGGUGACGUGCUUGCUGCUAAAACGAGAAAACUGUAGAUUUGAUACCUGAUGAGCAUGAUGCUGUUCCUCUCUCCUCUCUGAUUUCUUCUUAUCGGCCCAUUUUUAUAUUCAUCAAGUGCCUGGCCCCCGAGGGUUCGAUAUUUUGCUAGAGGUUUUUGAAUGUACAGCCACAGCAACAGGGAUAUAAGCAGGGUGUUUCUUAAAACAAAUUUUUGUAAGGCACUUCUUUACUGUUGUUGUCAGCCUGACACAUCCGAGACAUUCAUGCGGAAUGUUCAGUCUCUUCUUCUUCUACUUCUACUUCUUCUUCCAGGCGAGGGAGGCCGUUCUCCUAAAGGAGAGAGCGCCGGGUGUUUAACUGCCGUUUUGUUUGGAGUUGCAUGUAUAUUGAUUAGAACAUGCUUUCUCCUGACCCUUGGACCCCUGGCUCACCUCCGUAUCCUCUGCUCUACUACUGAAAGCCCCCCCACCAGCACUGUGUACUUCACUCAGUACAGCUGGUCUUUUUUCCCCUUCCACUUAAAAAUCUGCAUUAUUUAUUUCAAGUAUUUAUGAUUUCUGUCUAGACUUUACGUACAAAGAUGUAAACAUCUUGAUGCUUUCGUAUUCCAAGAUGGAGGUAGGGCCAAGAAGUGUUCUGGGGUUUGAAGAGAGUUCACUUCCAGUGACCUGGAAAAUGUUUACAUGAACUUUGUGACAGCGCUUUGAAACAUCGUUGUUUUUCCCACCACUUUUCGAACUGGUUGGAAUGAUAAGCAAUACGGUCAGAUGACCAUUCAUCCAUUCGUCUUUAAUUUGUUUUCUUUUAGCUCUAUUCGAUAGCGCCAUUCAGCUCUUAUUAGGAGUAAGAUAUUAAGUUAAAUUAUAGUUUUAAUUUGCAGAUUAUUACUGUACAUCGAGUAGAUUUUAUAUAGGUGUGUGACUUGAUUCUUUUUGAUAGAAGUGACAGUACUUUCUCACAAAGGACGUAGUCAGACAAUGCAUUCCAUGUAGACUUUUUUAUUUUCUCAUAUGUUUUGAGGGAAUGAAGUUUGCUGAAUUCGCGUACCCAGGUCUUUCAGCCUCCAUCUACUCCUCUCUCUGUCUAACACAUGAAUGGGGAAACAAAAGUUUACUAACAGUUUGAAAUGAAUACCUUCUUUUUGGUCUGUGUCUCUGCUCUCUGGAACAUUCCGUUGUAUUUCGGUUCCACCCCACAGAGACAAGGUGGGUUUGAACCUCUACACUCGCAGUCUGUGCCUGACAGAACUUUACUGUCAAUCAAAAACAUUUUCAAUAAACACACUAUGAAAUGAA